CGUACCGCUUAUCCUCACUCAGGCCGGGGGCGUGUUGGAGCCCAUCCCAACUAUCAUCGGGGGAGAGGCGGGGUACACCCUGAACUGGACGCCAGUCAAUCGCAGGGCACAUAAACAAACAUCCAUUCACACCUAUGGAGCUUCAAUUAACCUACCAUGCAUGUUUUUCGGAUGUGGGAGGAAACCGUAGUACCCGGAGAAAGACCCACGCAGGGACGGGGAGAACAUGCAAGAGUUUGCACGUAGAAGAUGCGGUACUGUACUGUGUGGGGUCCUUUUUAAUAUAAAUUUCUCCCCCCUGUAGUAUGCUAAUGUACACUAUAGUUUAGCAGUGAUUCUCAACUGGUGGGUGGGGACCUAAAAGUGUGUCACGGAGCCUUUUUGGGUGGAUUGCAGGCAUCCAUCCAUCCAUUUUCCUUACCGCGUAUCCUCACUAGGGUCGGGUGUGCUGGAGCAUAUCCCAGCUAUCUUUAGGUGAGAUACCCUGAUGAUGAUUGUGCCCAUCAUAGGGCACAAAGAACCAUUCGCACUCACACCUAGGGGCAAUUUAGAGUCAUCAAUUAACCUACCAUGCAUGUUUUUGAGAUGUGGGAGGAAACUGGAGUACUCGAAGAAGACCCAUGCAGGAACGGGGGAGAACAUACCAACUCCGUACAGGCGAGACCAGAUUUGAACCCGAGUCCUCAGAACUGUGAGUCAGAUGUGCUAACCAGUCGCUCAACAUGCCGCUGCCAUUAUUAAGUGUUUACAAAAUUGUGCCUUCUGCUCUUCGGACUUUGGCAAAACUAAACCCUCCGCAUUCUGUAUAUCUUGUGCUCUGGCAAUGAUGCGUCGUGCACACACUCCACGCAUGAUAAUAAUAUCUUAAGGUCAAAGUGUUCCCUGAAAUGCUAAUCUUCAGCUGGCUUGUUUGGAGUUUGUGACAGGCGGCACCACGGCGCCUUCAAUGACCUACUGGCGAAGCCUUGAGAUAAGUUAUUCCUUUAUUUGUCCCUCAGUGUGGAACUCACAAAGUUGCCAUUGAAACAAAACGAAAGGUGAAACACGAAAAAGGGGGAACGGUACAUGAGCCAAGUCUGCGGUACCAAGCUGAAUAAGUCUUAAUGAUUUUGUGGGUUUGGACACGCCACAAUGAAGCUAUCUUUGACACAAUUAUAUAAUGCAUUUGCAAGUACAGUACAUUACUCCUUGCUACUAUUUAGCACCUGAGCAACCUGUGUUUGUGAUCACAUGGAAUUUGCAUGCUGUUCGGGCGCUGUAUAAGUGGUAAAAGCUGAGAUUUUAGAUCCAGUCUGAUCCGAGCCGAUACUUGUUGCUGACAUCGGACCGAUUUCUGAUCUCAAAGAUUCGAUCGGGACACCCCUAGUUACAGCAAGACAACAAAAACAAAAACCAACAGGUGAGUAAAACACAGACACAACUAUUAUGGGGAAACAAUGUCUAACAUUAGGACUGACACGUGAUUACCACAUGUAAAACAUGUUGGUACAUGACGAGAGCUCCUGAAUAAAAAUGUCAGAGCAGGCGUUCAUGUCAGCUUGAGUUGAUUGCAUGCUUCUAACUAACAUUCGUUAACCACAACAUAAAAGCAAGCAAGCCCAAAGCUGUAGCCUUUUAUAGUUAAAGUUGUAUAUACAGUCGGCCUACUGUGUUGCUGAAAUGUUGAUUCCUCUCCACUGCUCUUUGUUGCCUUUAAAAAUGGGAAUAUGUGAUGCAUAGAUGUCUAGCCCGAAAGACUGUACUGAAGACAGCACAAUUAAACAUUAUCAUGAAUAAAUCAAUUUAGUGCGUGCGUGUGCAUGUUUAAAACUGUGCUCCUCUGACAAAAGCCCUGCCCCCGUGAGGCAGACACGCUUGCCGGCAGUAUACCGUGCUGCCUUAUAGCUGCUUUCGCCAACCAUUUAUCCACUGCAUUUGUCCUUAUGGUUUCAGCUGUGCUGGAGCCUAUCCCAGCUGACUUUGGUGAGAGGCGGGAUACACCAUGGACUGGUCGACAGCCAAUUGCAGCCAAGCUCUAUUUGUCAAUAAUCGAUGAUGUGAUUGAGAGUAUGAGGGAGCUGUUCCUGGAUGAGGGCCUUGAAGACUGCAUCCUCGACAAUUUACGACAUCUUUGGGAGACAAAGACGAUGGAGUCGAAAACUAUGGACGACUUCAGGAAGAACAAAAUUGACUCUCCAGACUUUGUGCUCCAGCUUCCAGCUAACUACAGGCGCAAUGAUGCAGAACUCACAGCUUCAGUAGUGAUCCCCGCAAGUCAGAAUAUUCACAGUUUCCCUGUCAAGAACAACUCUGAGACACUUGCUACCUUUUCACUUCCUGCUGGCCUAUCUUACCCUGUGCAGAUACCUGCUGGAGUCACUCUACAAACAGCCUCUGGUCAACUUUACAAGGUCAACGUUCCUGUUGUAGUUACUCAGGCCCCAGCAGGUCAGCAAACAGUAUCCCAACCUCCACCGGCUUCAUUCCAACCUGGUGAAACACUUCCUCAGGAGGCACCGCCUGUGCCGACGCUUUUGGUCAACUCAUCGCAACUGCCAGACGCUACUUUACCCCCCAGUCAGGAGAGCAGCGUUCCCCAGCAAGACCCUAUCACAGCGCCCCCACAGAUUGAGGUAGCAUCUUCUCCAGAACCGGAAUCUGCACUGGCUGGGCAAGCGAGCGAGUCGAAUCCAGAGCCUGUGGACCUUAGCGUCAAAAGUUCUGCCGUCAGCCAGUUGGUCGGCAGCGAGGAGGCUUUGACGAAGACCACUCAGUUCAAGAGCAGCGACAUUGAUGAUAUCCUCAAAGAAUUCAUUAAAGAGGAGCGAGAAAAAGCAGCAAGGGCGAGAAACUUGGCUCACACCAAAUGUUGCGACCAGCCUGAAGCAAUUCUCGGGCUGGACCUGGACUUCAACUACAGUGAACUGUCAGACAUCGUACAGCUGGAUGGUACGGCGGACAAUUCGGACAUGGAAGAGGAAGAAGUCGUGCCACUGGAGGAGAAUGACUUCCUGGGUAUGAUCAACGCAGAGGCCAUCGAGGCUCUGCAGGAAGGAGUCGGGAGCAGUGAUGGGAACACUGGCUCCUCCAGUAGUGACAGUGAAGGAGCUGAUGAGCUUGAACAUGUAGAAGAUGAGGAUCCAUUGAAUUCAGGUGACGAUGUGUUUGAACAAGAUAUCCCAGAUCUCUUUGACUCAGAGAAUGUCAUUGUAUGCCAAUAUGACAAAAUUCACCGCAGUAAGAACCGCUGGAAGUUCCAUUUGAAAGAUGGAGUCAUGUGUUAUGGUGGCAGGGAUUAUGUGUUCUCUAAAGCUGUUGGGGAAGCAGAAUGGUAAUUCACUGCUCCAUCCAUUUUGUUUACCGUUUAUGCUCAGUAGGGUUGCAGCAGGUCAGGGCAGUCCAUCCCAGCUGACUUUGGGUGUGAGGUGACCCUGAACUGGACACCAGCCAAUCACAGGGACUGCUGCUUAUGAUGGAGGGGAAAAUUAUAUCAACAGAGCACACGUUGCCUAAUUAGAUAUACUGUAUUUAUAUUUUAUAUUCAUUAGUGUGAUUAAAGAAGAAUCGACACAGAAAAUUACCAUACUUUAGAUUGGUUGGGAAUGUAAUUUAAUUUCACGUUAAUUUAUGUUCUGUAGUUGUUUUUUUCUUUUUUAAAAAAAAGGUUUUGAUUUAAAGGGUACGCCUGUGUUGUUUUGCCAAUAUGAGUUCCUUGCUUGAUUGUAAUGUUUAUUCCUCAUAUAUAUUUUCUAUGCUGUGUGCAACAUUCAAUAAACCCUGAAAUAGGGACUUUCCGUUAUCAUGGUUAAAACCA